AUGUCCGAGAAUAAAGCUUUCAGUAACAUUUCUGAUCCAAAGACUCUCGUCACAUUGGAAAAGCAAAAUGCUCUCGACAUUUAUUGUCCACAGUCAUCCUGUAAAUGUCUCAUUCUAAGAGCAAACGUUGGAACUCUAGUUGAAAGACCAAAAGAUAAGCUAAUACUACCCAAAGGGCAGAACUUGACACAAACAUCUGAAGUUUUAGAAACUUCGGAGACGAAUGGCACUAUCGGAAAAGACGUUGCAAAAGAGAGUAUUGAAAAGAGUAAUUCAUCUCAACUUCAAGGAUUCUGGCGACUAACUGAUUUGAUGGCUUUUGAAAAUAUCGGAUUUUCUAAAACGAUUAUAGAGACAGGAAUAAAAUAUAUAUGCUGUGCGGAUUGCAAUACAGGCCCUUUAG